UGACUGCUCAAGAUAAUACAACAUGCCGCCCGCUGCAGCUUCCGUUCGCGUGGGUAGCAAGAUUCCAAAGAUGAUUGGCACGACCCAAAUGGGGACGAUCAAGCUGCAUGAUUACAUUGACGGCGCAUGGACGUUGCUUCUGACAUUUCCGCAGGACUUUCAUCCUGUGUGGGCGACUGUACGUUCGUUGACAUCUUCGUCGACGUCCCACCACACAUAGUCGAUCGCAUUGUGGUAGGAAUUAGGCAUGCUCACAAAGCUCAAGCCUCAGUUUGACGCGCGAAACUGCCGAGUGCUGGGGCUAAGCGUUGGAUCUCGUACUGUCCAUGUCAUUGACAGAAUGUUCACCACCACUUAUAGUGAAGCAACAAGCGCGCUUCCUCGACGACGUCAACGAAACCCAAGACGUCCAAGUGAACUUUCCCAUAUUCGCCGACGAAUCCGGCGAUUUGUCGCGAACGCUGGGUCUCAUCUCGCCGUCGGCCCCGGUCCACGGCUCGGAGCAUUUCAAGCUCCCGUACAGCGCCGCGUUCCUCCUGGACAUUGACAUGAUCGUGCAGUUCGUGUUCUACUACCCCGUCGCCGUCGGGCGCAACCUGUACGAGUUUAUUCGAGUGUUGGAUGGAUUGCAGCUCACAGCAUACAACCAAGUGGUGCUGCCAACCAACUGGAAGGUCAACGACGACGUGUUCAUUGAGCCAGACAUCACGUCCGACGCGGCCAAGGCGCUAUUUCCCCAUGGUUUUCACGAACUCAAGCCGUAUUUCCGAGUGACGCCGUCUCCGACCCUCACCGAGGACCAAUCUUAACUCAUCGACCAACCUCGAUAAACAAUCGAACAAAAAGAAGAAGCUAUUGUGCUUUCGAGUGA